AUGCUUGCUGCCAUUAAAGCCUUUGACCGCCAUACCUUGCCUGUGGUUCCCAAAUCUUGUGCUGGAUUAUUGGAAUUGAGGCUUGGAAAGCAAGUACAUAGAACCAUUUUGGUUAAUGGGUUUGCCUUAGAUUUGGCCAGCUUGAAUGCGUUGAUCAGCAUGUGUGCUAAGUGUGGUGAUUUGGCUGGUACGCGUAAAGUGUUUGACAGAAGGCUCAUAAGAAAUGAGAUUUCUUGGUUGGCAAUUUUGGCCGGGUAUGGAAUGCAUGGAGUGUUUGGUGAGGUAUUUGAAUUGUUUGAUAGGAUGGAGGCAGGAGAGAGGCCAGAUGUGGUGACAUUCACUACGGUUUUGCAGCGUGUAGUCAUGGCGGAUUAA